UACCAUGUUUUCCCCAACAAAGCGAAAGCAUCAUCACCUCAUCCUAUUUAAAUUCGUGCAUCUCAUCUGCCAGCUCACUUAAUCAGGUCCUCCACAUUCAAUUCAUAGGCAGAUGGGCCAAUCCGCGGGGAAACUCACCAAAGGAGAUGCAGAGAAGAAAGAUAAUACAAUACCUAGCAUUAUAAAAAAGUACUGCAAAGAAAUAGAUGACAAGAUUUCACAGUUGAAGCUAGAAAAAAAAGGCGAUGGUUCUGAGCAAAAGCUUGAAGAUUAUGAGCUGAGCAUCUUUUACCAAGAAGUCUGCCGAGCUGUCCAGGAAAUGAACAGGGAACAUGGGGGAGGCACUCAAUUACGUGUACCAGACACCGCUACUCUAAAGGAUGCAUUCAAGAACUACAAAGAGAAGCCUGGUGAUUUGCCAAAUAUAAUCAAGACUAUUAUCCUCAAUAUGGGAUUUGAAGGCAAAGGAUUUAUGAAUGUAUUGUAUAUAUUUGCUGCUCCCAUAACAGGAGCACUUGUUAAGAAAGGAUUUUUUCCUGAUUUGGUCUCAGAUAAUGUCUUUAUUCCUGUUAUCACUUCUGCGAGUGUCCUUGUUCUCGCCUCACUGAAUAAGAUAUGAGAGUAGAGUGAAGGCUGACAAUGUUAUAAUGGUAUGAA